CGGCCGCCGCCCCGGCUGGCCGACGACAGUGACGACGAGGAGGACGGUGCGCUGUCGGGCGCUGGCCUCUCCGACUCGGACUCGGACUCGGACUCGGUGGGCUCGCUCGUCUCGGACGGCUCCGACUCGGAGGAGAACGACGAGCCGCUGGAGUCGGAGACGGGCGCGAGGCCGUGCGUGGCUGAGCUGACGGCAGUGCUGCAGGGCGAGGGCCUGCUGGUGCCGCUGCGUCUGUGCUGCGACUGGUUGCGCGCCAACGAGGAGGUGCUCAAGUCGUGCACGGAGAGCAGCGCCGAGCUGUGGCGCCAGCUGGUGGUGCUGGUGAACGGCGUCUCGCUGGACCUGACGGCCGACUCUGGCGUGGAUGAUCUGCGGCCCGAGUUCGCCCGCCAGCUGGCGGCGUCGGCGCCGGCGCUGGCGCAGACCACGCCGCUGUGGGAGGACCGGCUGCUGCGCGGCAUGCACCUGCUGGGCACGCGCCACCAGCACAUGGCCUGGACGGACCCGCUGCGCCAGAGCCUGUCCGGCGCCGAGGAGGUGGUGCUACGGGUGCAGCUGCUGGUGGAUUUCGCCACCUGGCUGACGUCAGUGCCGCAGCUCGGGGUCGCGCUCAAGGAUGGCAAGUUUGUCCACGUCUCGAGCAGCAACACAGUCAACAACAACAACCAGCCGCAGAGCGAAGCUGUCGAGAGCGUCGAGCGGCGCCGCCAGCUGAUGACCAGCAUGGCCGAGCAGUGGCUGCGCUCGGAGGUGCGCUCGCUGCGCUGCCGGACGGCGCGCCGCGGCGGCCAGGCCAGCUUCUCGCCGUACGUGGUGGUCGACACGGCCGCGCUCGUCGCCCACCUCGAGCCGCUCAAGCAGAUGGUGAAGGCGCGCCAGUUCGUCACCGUCGUGCCCAGCGCAGUAAUCCACGAGCUGGAUGAGCGGAAGGCGGCGUGCGCCGGCGCGCGUGAGGCCAGCCGCUGGCUGGAGACACAGUUCCGGCGCGGCAACCGUUUCCUGCGACCUCAGCGCGCCAACUGAGAAGGCCUCCCUCGAGCUGGUCAAGUACCCUCGCCGCAAGCAGCGCGACCAAUGGCACUUCUUCCAGAUCCUGGAGUGCUGCAACCACCUGCGCCAGUCGGUGCCGGCGCCGGAGCCGGCGGCGCCGCCGUCCGUGACGCUGCUGGUCGGCGGUGACGACGCGGCGCCCGGCCGCGACUUCAGCCCGCGAGGGCUCGCCUCCGCCGCCGAGAUCCACUUCGAGCUGAUCACGACCUUCCACUCGAAGUGGGCCGUGUCGAGCAAGGGCCGCAGCUGAGGGAAGUGGCGGCGUCCUGACGGUCCGACCCGAGACAGCGCGAGACUCCUGCGCGCGGAGACGGAGCCCCCGAGCCAGCGAAACUGCGAGCCCGUGGCCGAGCCGAGCCGGGCCGCGCGCUGCCCAGCCGGCCGCCAGCGCCAACCUGGCACCUGCAUGGCGUUCGCCGAGCGACGGCGCCCGAGGCGAGCCGCGAGCCGAGCCGGGUCAGCGGCAGGCGGCGCCCGCGCCCGCACCGCCCACCCCGGGUCGCUGCCGACCGUCGGGCCACGGCGACGGCGCCGCAGCGCCCGUCUUCCCCUGCUCCCCCUCCGCCUGUCUGUCUGUCUAUCCAGCUGUCCACCAUCUGUCCGUCUAGCCGCUGUUCGCCGGCUGCUGUCGCUAGCUGCUGUCCAAAUACACCUGGUCCUGUCGCUUGCUGUGUGGGCUAGGCUUUUCGUAGGUAGGUCUGGGGUCUCACAAAAUUGAAGGGGGUUGUACUUCUGGGCAGUUCGAGAUCUAGUUGACAAAAAUGUGAUAGACCCGCGAUCUGGUCGUUGGUGCACUGAUUUGAGGGCUACGAAAGGUGGAAGCUGUCGUCCAAUCGCCCAUUGACAUUGUCAGUGAUCCACGGGGCUUCAAAUUCACGCUUGAGAAUGCCGCCGCCGCUCUUCCAUUGUCCUCUUGGUGCGAAGCUUCGUGAGCUACGCCAGCAUCUUCGCCGCUCCUGCCAUACUUGCUCCGCUCUCAAGAUUGUUCAUCUUUACCGCAUCGCCGCAAGACCGCAAGAGAGCGGGACCAUGCCUCCACAUCACCGCAAGAGUGGCUAUCGUGUGAUCGGCAUUGGGGCUUAACAGCGUAGAGGAAAAUUCUAAGAAAUUGUUCAAAGCUUGCGCUUGUGCUGCGGCGUUCCCCGAAUUGACAGGCGGAAUUUAAAUUGUACGGGUGUAUGCCAGUUGGACUGCAAACUGUCUGGGUAAUACACUUCUCUCGGAAA